AUGCCUGCCUUAACCAUCUCCUCAUGCCCUUUGCGAGCUCUGUCAUUUUCAUUUAUAUUAACCAAGCUAAAAAUACGGAGACCGAUAUCGGUAGGAAAAUGUUUUUAGUUAUUGUGAGUGAAUAAUACAACAAAACACAGCGGUUUCAUACAAAAUAUUAACCUACAAAGUUUGUUGUAACAAGGUGUUUUACAAGAAUUAAUUUGAGAAAGUUCACCAGCUAAAUAUAAUAUUGUAAAAGUAUUCUGUUGUAGGGGAAAUAAUGGCGUCAGUGAAUAUUUCCGAAUUUCAUGAUCUAUGUAGAAUAUGUGGAAACAAAACCAGUGUUCUUAUGGGAUUACAUAUAUUUGAAAGAGAAGGCGAACUGAGACAGAUUCAUAAGAAAAUCAUGGAAUGUCUUCCUAUCAAGGUAUUGAAUAACGAUAUAUUACCGAAAAUGGUAUGCGAAGAAUGUGUCUAUAAGCUUGACCUUCUCUACGAUUUUCGAGCAAAUAGUCUCAAAACUGAUACCGUUUUAAAUGGGUUAUUGAAGGAAAUACCGUCAAAUCAGAACUUGGACAAAGAUCUCAAAUCGACCGUUGAGAUUUCCCAGUUGAAUUUGUCCAAUACUAUCGAUAAGACGUCGACGUCUGAUACAAAAUUGGGCAUAGUGGCUAACCCCCAACCGCAACCGCCAGCCACUACUCGGCUAAUUAUCAGCAACGUCACUACUGUGUCGAGCAAUUUCAAAAAGGAGCCCGACAUCCUGAUCAAAGUGGAGGAGAUGGCCGCUGGCGGCAGCUGCAUUGAUUCGGCAAGUCGGGCUAACAAUGCAAACUCGGAGGAGGCCAACUGCUCUGAGUUGGACGACUCUGUUAGCUGCUGUGACGAAUCUGAGGACGAGUUUACAGCUGCUACGUCACAAACGCCUACAGAUGCACUGGUGAUCGACAUGAAGCAGACGCCGGAGAAAAUCACCUCGACGCCGUCGUUUGCCCAGAGCGACGAGUUUCUAGUGCAGGACCAGCAGACGUCCGUCCAAAGCGACGAGUUCCUAGUGCCAGACCAGCAGACGUCCGCCUGGUUCUUCUGCAACAUCUGCGGCAAAACGUACAGCAGCAAGGAGGAGUUCAACGUCCACUACGAGGUGCAUUGGAACAAGUGUCACGAUUGUGGCGCGAUAUUCACAGAUGAAGAGGCAUUGUUGGCGCAUCGCAAACAGGUGCACAUUGCACCACCAACCCAAACCACCACCACCACAACCUUGGAUAAUAAUGGUGUCGGUGCUGGUGCUGGUGCUAAGGUUGAGGGUAAUGAGGAGAAGGCUGAGGAGGAGGGGAGUAAGAAGCCAGCGGCGGGAGGAGGAGGGGGGAUCUAAGCAGUGUCCAGUUUGCGGCAAAUCGUACCGCACCAACUACAAGCUGAACGAACACAUGCGGC